CCCCGGCCGGCUUCGCCCCAAGGGGCGCCGUCUUUCUCCGAAACCCUUCCCAAAACCCGAGGCACGCCGGCGGCCGCCGUCCGUCCACCUCCGGCACCAUGGCCCGGCGGCUGCUCCACCUCCGGCCCCGCCUCCAGGCGCUCGCCCCCCGCCUCGUCCCUUCGCGGCCGUACAUGUCCGACAUGCGCCGCUCGGUCUUCCUCGACCGCCUCCUCCGCUCCCUCCGCUCCGAGAUCUCCUCCUGCAGCCCCGAGCCCGCGCCGCCGCUGCCGCCCUCCGCCGCGCCGUUCGCCGUCGACGACCGUCCCGGCGAGCAGUGGGUGCGCCUGCGCCGCGCGUUCGGGGAGCAGGGGGAGGAGGAGGAGGUCAGGGUGGAUGCCUCGAUGGUCGACGGCGCCGUGGCGCCCACCCGCUCCGGCGUGGUCGCCGAGGACGGCGGGCCACAGGACAGGAUGCACAUCAGCGUCCACGUCGAGGUCACCAAGCCCGCGCGGCCUGACUUUGCGCUCAAGUUCGAGUGCUCUGCCUGGCCCGAGGAGAUGGACGUGGAGAGGGUCUUCCCCGUCCGCCUCAGCGGGCCAGCGCCGGAGCAGCAAUACAUGGGCCGACAGUUCAGGGAGUUAGAUGAGGAGAUGCAAACUGCAGUGCGUGAUUACCUGGAGCAGAGAGGGGUGAAUGAUGAGCUAGCAGCAUACCUGCACACUUACAUGGAAAACAAGGAGCAGACAGAGCUUGUAGGGUGGCUGAAAAACAUCGAGUGUUAUCUCAAGAAGUAGACGCCAUUUUCUAGGCACUUUUCAAUUAGAUGGGUAGUUGGUGUUUUACGAAGGUUACACAAACGGAUUGGGAUGUUGUGACAGCAAGUCCUUACUCUUUCAGAUGCAACGUGCACAAUGUGAUCCAGGGAAGAUCCUCUUUGAAACACUGGAUGUCAACAGAAUUUCCAGGUA